CCUUAUUGGCUGUUUCAUUUUUGCCUCCCGGCCCUCCUCCCUGUUCUUAAUCCCAAAGAUUCCAUGCGGAAAGCCUUGAAUCACGACUCAACAACUCAAAAAGAGGGUCUUCAUUUCAGUUUCUCUGUUUGAAACCCAUCACCAUCUACCCUACCUCAGAUUCAGAUUUCGGCAACUCGAAAAUGGGAAACGCCUUAAGGUUCCUCUAUCGGGAGUGUUGCAAGCCCGCCGCAGCUGGGGACUCUGAAUCGCUUGGGCAUCAUGGUGUAUCGGCUGACACCGUCGGCGUAUCGGCUCUCGCCCACGAUCUCUUCCACUUCGAGAUCACCUCCCAGGUUCCGGAAGGACUCAGCAAGCAUGUUGUCUCGUCCAAGAAGGCUCAAGCUAAUUGGUACAGAAAGUUAGUAGAGGCAUGGAGAGAAUCAAAACCCCCUCCAAAAACACCUGAAGAUGCUGCUAGGCUUGUCAUUGAGACUCUGAAAAGACACCAGAAAGCAGAUGUGGAGGGUUUAUUGGCUUUCUAUGGUCUUCCACUCCCUCAUACCCUAGUCAAACUUACUGCUGGGCCCCCAACAUCAUUGCCCGAAGGAGUAGAGUACGAAUUUCAGACAUUACCAGUUGAUGCAAAAGCUGUAGCAGAUGGAGAUACUGUGACCGUGUAUGUCAGUACGACAGACCCCCGGGAGUCGUCAUGUGUGCCGAGUGAAGUACAACUAGCGGCGGUUCACAGGUUACAAGCGCGCUCUGAGAGGAAUUAUAGAGAGGCAGAUGCACUUCAUAGGAGAAUUAUAGAUGCCGGAUACCGGGUACUCAAUUUUCAGAACGAGGAGAUCCUCGCUCGUAAGUGUCGAAUUCGGCUAAGGGGAAUAGAUGCACCUGAGGGUGAAAUGCCAUAUGGGGAAGAAGCAAAGGAGGAACUGACUAAGAUUGUUCAGGGAAAGUGUUUGAGAGUCCUUGUGUAUGGAGAAGAUCGUUAUGGCCGCUGUGUAGCCGAUAUAUAUUGCAACGGGAAAUUUGUACAGGAACUAAUGCUUAAGAAAGGACUUGCAUGGCAUUACACAGCCUACGACAAACGCUCAGAACUUGCGACGUGGGAAAAGCAGGCUCGAGCCAAGCGCGUUGGGCUGUGGGCGUCAUCGAAUCCUGAGAAGCCAUGGGACUGGAGAAAGGACAGGCGCGAAGGGAGAUGACAUUGUCCCGAUUGGACGAUGCCUCGUUGUGUCCGCGUUUAACCAUUCGAGGCAAGGUAAAAGUUGUCAUACAAAUGAACUUCAUCCAACACCAGGGAUUUUUAUUUUAAUUUGUCCAUAUGUACCAUGCGUUGGAACCUAUCAAUAGCUUUUAUAAAUAAAAUAUUUGGAUUAUUCACAA